CGCAUUUAGCGGGUGUGGAUCCUAUACCAAAAUGAAAAAAUAUUACAAAAUACAUUCAGGUGUUUCUUGCCACAUUCCGGGAAGCACCCAUUAAAGAAUUAAUAACUAUACACAAUAAAUGCUAUAGAUCAGUGAUCUCGUGUAGGCUGAGUUUAAAAAAAAUAAAAGUGCAGUGGAUUACCCCAGGAAAACAUAUGAAAUCCGAGGCGAUCGUCGGUUGGUGGGUGUUCGUUGAUGCAUAGCAAAGUUGUAGUCUUAACAAGAGCUGAAAAAAAAAUACAAGAAACCCCGAGAGGUCCGAAACAAUGCUCAAAGCCACGAGGAAACCAGCGGAUCCAUACAAAUCGAAGCUGAAAGUUAAUGCCAGCCACAAUGGACCGCAUCCAAAGUCCGUCGAGUUAACUGAAGAGGAGGAGGCAUCAACUGGUGGCCAGACAUCCCCUCAAAAGCUGAGCCUGAAGGGCAGCCAACUGGGGGGCAGCAUCUUGAUUGGCAACUACAACUACUUGACCCAGCUGGAGGUGUGCGAAAAUGAAAUGGAGGUCUUGGAUCUCUCUUCGCUGGCUCAACUAGAGACGCUAAAGUGCAGCCGGAACAAGCUGAUGGAACUGAUCAUCAAUGCCACCAACCUGCAGACACUCGUAGCUGAUCAUAAUUACCUGCAUAGCAUCUCCACAACGAACACCCAUCCGGUUCCAAUUAAGCUGCAGAGUAUCGACAUCUCGCACAACAACUUCAGCGAGCUGCCGAACUGGAUCGGAGCAUGUGCAUCCUUGACGACCCUGGGGGCUUCGCACAAUCGCCUUAGCAACGUGACUGGUCUGCUGCGUAACUACAGGAUCAGUCAAAUGGUAUCCUUGAACUUGGCAUACAACGAUUUGAAACAGUUGGACCAAUUGCCUGAGGGUUUUGGCAGCAUACGUAGUCUUCACCUACAGAGCAAUGAGCUACAAAAUCUUCCGGAUAACUUUUUCGCAGUGACCCAUGCUCGCCUUGAAACUUUGAAUGCGUCCUGCAAUAAACUGUCCACUUUGCCGCGCUACGAGCAAAAUAAUCAUGCUUCACUGGUGAAUCUCUCAUUGGCAGGAAAUCAACUUAAUGACAGUAUAUUUGACUCAUUGCACAAUGCCGCCAAGUUGAGGGUCCUCCAUUUAGCCUACAAUCGCAUUGGAGUCCUGCCCGCUGCCUGCGUUCGCAACUGGUCGGAACUGGAGAUCCUGGUUUUGUCCGGCAAUAUGCUACAACAACUGCCUGAGGAGGUGGCCACUCUGGGAGAGCUCAGAGUGCUUCGCUGCUGUAAUAAUCUGCUCCUCUGUACCCCGCAAUUGGCCAAGCUGGGCAUGCUUAAGGUUCUGGAUCUCUCCCACAAUCAUCUAGAUCGGGUAAAUCUUUUGGCUCUGGUUCCUUCCCGGAAUCUGAAGUACUUAGACCUUUCGGGGAACUUGCAAUUGCAGGUGGACGAGCAGCAGUUCAAGGUCUGUCAGACUCAAAGCCAGCGUCACUGGAGCCUAAUAGAUGUCUCGGGGAACAAUAGAGUCGCCCUGCCCACAACUACUCUCCGGCAGGUUAACUCCCAACGGAGUCAGAACAAAACGACUGGACCUUGGACAAUGGGUUUUGCGGAAACUCCAGGCUCUGGAGAUUGCCGCAAGCUUUCUGUCUGUCAGCUGCGGGCGGCCAACUAUGGAGGAUCUGACGAAGCCCUGUACGGGAUGUUCGAGGCGAUGGAAGGAUAUGGACGGGCGGCCCAGGAAAUGGCUCACCUAGUGCCUGAUCUGAUGAAACAAGAACAAAUGGUUAAGGAUUCGGCGAUCAAGGAUUACAUGAAGUUCACCCUGCUGGCAGCACACCAGCAAUGCGGGAACGUGCGCAGUGCAGCCCUUUUCCAUCUCACCAGGACACGGGCACCGUCGAAGGUAAGGCCUCUGAAGAGCAAGCGCUAUGUCCUGCGCAUGGCCAGCACAGGACGCCUUGACGCAUAUCUCAUAAGACGCACCUCCCAGUUGCGACUGACUGAAACGGAAGUCACCCAAAAAGACCAAAAUCAUUCCAUAGUAAUACCAGAUCCAAAAGUUUUAGAGCUCACACUCAGCAACGAAGAUGAGUACCUGGUCGUGGGCAAUGCUCAGCUCUGGUCAGUGAUGGACAUUGAUCGCGCCGCCCGAGAGAUUCGCAAGGAAGAGAACGCUCUGCUGGCGGCAAAGCGGCUGGUGGACAUUGCCCAAAGCUUUGAGGCGACGGAGAAUCUCAGUGUGAUCGUGGUGCGUUUCCGGCAUUUGGGAACCGAUGUGGAACACCUCAUCAGAGAGCUGAAGCAAAGUGUGCGCAAGAAACCACAACCGAUUUCAUUACCCACUUCCAGUGGAUCUGUUUGCAAACGAACCUGCUGCGACAGGAGCAACGCAUGUCGUCAUAGGGCUAUUGAACAGGUGCCCAUGGCAGGUCGAUCCUCGCCGAGUGGUCAGAGCGACCGAGAUCUGCUAACGAAGGAAAAAGACGAUGAGUUUAUCCUGGCACAUGCACGCGUCCUGCAGGAGGAGCAACAGCUGGAGAUGCUGGACGAAACAGAGUCAGUGCUUUCAGAGGAACAGUUCAAGUGCUGGGAGUACAUGCUGGAACAGAACACUCAACUUUUGUUCGACAAGGAGUUAAACACCAUUUCUAAGUCCUUUACGAAGCAGAGAUCUGUCCCGAAUGCCAUCAUGGCAGCUCCGGCUGCCCAGGAUCGCAAUGAUUUCACCUCGAAUCUGAUGCGCAGUGUCACCAAUAAGUUUAUUUCGACCAGCACGCCACAGUUGCCCCAACCUGUAACUAACUCCGUGCCUCUCGGAUCAUAUCAUCAAGUAAAGCAGCCGGUUCCUGGACAUUUUGGCAGUGCUCUCUCAUUUCAGCAGGCGCACAGUUACGGUUAUAAUCUGUUUGACGCCAAGCCACGACCCAAGUUUCCAGGAAGCACCGUAAAGCGGCCUGGGGCACCAAAUUCCGCUUACUUUGGUUCCCUUCAGCGACUGAUGCCGUAUAAUUUUGAGUAUGACUUUGCCGUUACCCAGGAACGAGAGAGGAACAUCCUUGACGAGGAGGAACAGGACGAUGAUGACUUCAACGAGCACGAGAGUCGAAUGCGUAAAUACUGGGGAGUGGCAACCACAGAGCUUUAG